UUGAAGUAAACAGUCUUUCGAAGGUAAACAGCGACCAUGUUACCGCUUUUUAGGGGACGUUGUGUCGAGACAGUUCGCCUUCUUCAGAAGCAGGUAUGUAUAUGUUCGGCUCCAGUUCGAUGUCUCAACUUGCAAGAGUACCAGAGCAAGCGUCUCAUGGCCGACAACAACAUUUUGGUCCAGAAGUUUGAGGUUGCUUCUACCGUAGCAGAGGCAUCGUCCAUUGCAGACAGAUUGAAGGUAACUGAAUAUGUGAUUAAAGCUCAGAUACUGGCUGGAGGACGUGGUAAGGGAGUGUUCAGUAAUGGCUUCAAAGGAGGUGUCCAUCUUACCAAAGAACCUAACAAAGUGUCCGCAUUGGUGGAGAGUAUGCUGGGACAACGGUUAGUUACAAAACAAACAGGACAAGAAGGAGUCAAAGUCAAUCAGGUAAUGGUGGCCGAGGCUCUAGACAUUGAACGAGAGACGUACUUUGCUAUUCUCAUGGACCGUAAAUAUGACGGGCCGGUCAUGGUGGGAAGUACUCAAGGAGGCAUGGACAUUGAAGAGGUUGCUAGUAAAACGCCAGAAGCCAUCUUCUACGAUGCUAUUGAUAUAACACAAGGAAUGACAGACACUCAGGCAACGAAGAUGGCUAAAAACCUUGGAUUCAAGAACAACCUGCAGCAACAGGCUGCCAGCCAGUUGCAGAACCUGUACAAACUCUUUCUCAAGGUUGAUGCAACCCAGAUUGAAAUAAACCCCUUUGGAGAGACUACAGACGGCAGAGUGGUAUGCUUUGAUGCAAAGAUAAACUUUGACGACAAUGCGUCGUUUCGACAAAAGGAAAUUUUUGCAAUGGAAGACACUUCAGAAAGUGACCCACGUGAGGUGGAAGCCUCGAGACACAACCUCAACUACAUCGGCAUGGACGGCAACAUCGCAUGUUUAGUGAAUGGAGCUGGUCUGGCCAUGGCGACCAUGGACAUCAUCAAGUUACACGGAGGAUCUCCUGCCAACUUCCUCGAUGUCGGUGGCAACGUCAAUGAGCAGCAGGUCACACAGGCCUUCAAGCUUCUCACAUCAGACAAACAGGUCAAAGCAAUCUUGGUGAACAUAUUUGGUGGGAUAGUGAACUGUGCCACGAUAGCCAAUGGUAUUGUGAAUGCUUGCAAGACUAUCAACCUUGAAAUUCCACUGGUAGUGCGACUCGAAGGUACAAACGUCGAUGAAGCUAAAAUUAUUUUACACAACAGCAGGCUGUCAAUAAUGUCAGCCGUUGACUUGGACGAUGCUGCCACAAAGGCUGUGUCAAGUCUUCGAUGAUGUUCACCGACCGUUAGGAUAGCAUUUAUGUGUUUUUUUUACUAUUGUGCUACUGGGGAUGGAUUGCAUUACAAUAGUAUACUGCCUACAUUGUUGUGAUUGAUACUGUGAUUUUUAUUUUCCAAUCAGAGAUAUGCAGCAACUUAGUAAAGACUUCAUACUCAGGGUUUUAUACAUACAUACAAACACUGAUACAAAAUUGAAGUGGUUCUUUCAACAGCCUGAAUGUAUAUGUCUCUGUGUGUGUGUGUGUGUGUGUGUGUGUGUGUAUUACUCACAUAUUCUACAAUAAACCAUUACACAUAAAUAUUGUAUUUUCCCAUGCUAUCUUAUAUGGCAGGGGUCAUAAUAAUAGGUUGAAAACUGUUGGGGCACACUUCUGACAUCAAUAUAAUUGCUGUAACAGCCCCAAGUUCAUUCAGCAAACAUUUCACUAACAUUCUUGAACUAUGUUUUUUCCCCAAUGUGGCCAUUUGGUUUGCCGUGAAGAGCACUAACCAGUCUAGUAGCAGUUGUGAUAUUGACAUCAUACAACGUCACUGUAAUUGACAUCGCUGAAUGUUAUUAAAACUGAUCGGGAAGCAAUUAAUCAUGUCUAACUUUUGUUAUAAAUCACAGUUUGUGGAUAAUAAAUAAAUUAUCACAUUAGUGGGAGUGCCAUACAAAAUCUAUACAACUCGUUAGGGAAUUGUUUUAUACACCUAGCUAUCGCUCUGGGAAUGAAAUAUUUGCCAAACUGGUUUCAUAAAUUUUGUAUGGCACUUGUGCUGAUGCAAUGAUAUAUAUAUAUAUAUACACACACAUACAUAUUUUCAUGUUAUUAUUAUUAAUGUUUUAAUCUUUAAUUUGCAUGUGUGGAUUGUACAUUACUUUUAUAUCUACAACUUCAAGAGACAAUAAUGUUGGUAUAAAGUGCUCCACCUAAUAUGGAGCAUUGAUUCUCAACUAUAUUUGCUCCACUUUUGAGCUCAUUUUAUUAUGCAUGUUAAGUACAAGUAAUUUGCACUGGCCCCUUGAAUCAUCUAAUUUAAGAAUAACUGAGUGAAAGGGAAUUUCAGAAUUAGGUUAAUUCAGGAAUUACCACAUUACUGGCAUAGAUCCUGUCUUGCUUGUGUAGUCUUAUGGGUGACACGAAAGCAAAUUUAGGUAACCCAUUUUGUUUUUGCAGAACCCAUCACGACCAUAUAAAUGACAUCCUACAUUUAACAUGAUAAUGACCAAUGGGUUAUGUAAACUUAGACUUACUACCGGUCUUGCAAUUUGAGAGGCCUGCGACCAAUGGGUUAUGUAAACUUAGACUUACUACUGGUCUUGCAAUUUGAGAGGCCUGCGACCAAUGGGUUAUGUAAACUUGAGAGGCCUGCGACCAAUGGGUUAUGUAAACUUGAGAGGCCUGCGGCCAAUGGGUUAUGUAAACUUAGACUUACCACCGGUCUUGCAAUUUGAGAGGCCUGCGUCCAAUGGGUUAUGUAAACUUAGACUUACUACUGGUCUUGCAAUUUGAGAGGCCUGCGACCAAUGGGUUAUGUAAACUUGAGAGGCCUGCGACCAAUGGGUUAUGUAAACUUAGACUUACCACCGGUCUUGCAAUUUGAGAGGCCUGCGACCAAUGGGUUAUGUAAACUUGAGAGGCCUGCGGCCAAUGGGUUAUGUAAACUUAGACUUACCACCGGUCUUGCAAUUUGAGAGGCCUGCAGCAAUUGAUUUUUAGGACAGUAUAGUCAUUUUGAAAUUGUGUGUAUUGAACACUGAAGAUUCUUAGUAAUAACUAUUAUAUUUGUGUGCAAUGUUAUACCAGGUGCGCUGGAAGCAAACUGAAUCUGCAGGGGCAGCAUUUGAAAACGACUUAUGGUUUUUUGGAAUUAUUUGUAGUAAGAACUAAUUUUCGUUGUAUAGCUUUAGUGAUUUUGUGUUGUAGAUACUCAUUUUCUUAAAUUAGACUUCACUAGUCAUUAUCAUUGAAUCAAUUAAAAAGAAAAAAAAAAGAGUUAAAGUUUGUUUUGUUUAAUGACUCAAAUGAAUCAAGUUAAUCUUUAUUCUUUAAAACAUAAUUUAAACAAACAAAAUUCUGAGUCCAUGCCACGAUUUCAAGGUAUGCCCAUAGGGCCCACAUAAUAGAUUUCCACAAUGGAGCACAAAUAUGCAAGACUUGCAGGGGGCCUACAGACCUGUAUCGCAGUAUAACUUUUGCUAAUUGGGAUUAACCAAAGUGUAGUAGGCUUAAUAUGUUUUGUUAAUUUAUUUUUAAUGUAUUAUUACGGUUUUGGAAAUGCAGUGUUAACUUGCGCAUCCGUCUUGCAGACUUUUGCUUCAUCAAGGAGAGAUGCGGGCCCAUGGACAUAACUCCAUAUUGGAUAGGAGGCAAAAGAUCUUUUGAUAGAUUAUAAUGACAUAGAUGACUAGACAAUACACAUUAUGUUUAAUAUUUUUAAAAAAAACGUAACAUGAAAUCAUCAAACGUUUUCAAUUACUAGUUUUAUUCAUUCUGGCAGAAAAUAAAUUAAUAUUAUUCUUGGUAAAAAAAAAAAAGAGGGCAAUUGGCUGCCCUUGCACAAAUAGGGCUCUGGCUCCCCUGUUUUAUACUGGGUUACACCAAAGCUGAUAUCCGAGUUUUAUGUCUAAUAUGUAAUUGAUUUUAUUUUAAAUUAUUGUGCAAUCAGAUCAUUGUUACAAUUGACUUUAGUUGACAUGAUGGUAUAGUUGCAAUGAUGUAUAUAAAAUGCAAAAAUAAAUGAUUGAUGUGCCAA